GGUUCUUUCAGGUCAUAGUGCAUGCAUCACGGCGCGAACAGCACCUAAAUCUUUAGUGGGUGCAAGGUUCUACUCUAGGUAUGCACUUGCAUCUGUCGGGCAUUGAAGCUGCAAGACUUGAAUGGUAAUGUUCAGGAUACUUGGAUUCAAGGACUGCUGCUUGAACUUAGAAAGUUUCACGAGCCUCAUCAUCAUUGGCUUGCAUUCUUCAAGGGAAAUUGUCUAUAAACCUAUGUGAAGGGAGCAGCUCGACCAGCGCCAUUCGUUCAGCUUUACAUAGUACAGAAUUGGUUGUUUCUUUUAUCGGCCAAAUCGCACAGGUUUACACCAAACAACAAAUCAGAAGCGACAGCUCUAGCAAGGAGGUGCGAGAGCAUACCAAAAGAGCCUGCUGCUGUCACCAAUAAAACUUUUUUGAGCCGCAACAUCGAGCCACUCAAGGGGAAGAGCGCGUUUCUAAUAUCUGCACAGAAGGCAGGGGUGGCAUCACUACUGAAGGCAAGCAUAAGGACCGGAGAGGGAAACAGCAGAGAUCGAAGGAUGCGCGCAAACCCCAACAUCGUCGUGACGGGCACGCCCGGAGUGGGCAAGACAACGCACUGCGAGACGCUCGCCGAGCGCACGAGUCUCCGCCACGUUUCUGUCAACCAGAUCGUUAAGGACAAGGGAUGCCACGAAGGCUGGGAUGAGGAGUACCAGAGCUGGAUUGUGGAUGAGGAUAAGCUCCUCGAUGCCCUCGAAGACGAAGUCGCAGAAGGUGGUUGCAUUAUCGAUUGGCAUGCUUGCGAUCUGUUUCCAGAACGAUGGGUUGAUCUUGUUGUCGUGCUAAGAGUAGACACGAGCACGCUGUACGACCGGUUGAAGUCAAGGAAAUACCCCGAGAAGAAAUUACAAGAGAACCUGGACUCUGAAAUCAUGGAUGUGCUACUACAAGAGGCACGCGACUCGUACGACGAGAACAUCGUCGUCGAGCUCAUGAGCAAUACAACAGACGAAAUGGACAGCAAUGUGGAUCGCAUUGAGGCGUGGAUCAAGCAGUGGAAGAAAGACAAUCCGCCCGACGGCGGCGACGAUGACAAUGAUGAUAAUGAUGAAGAGGACGGGACCAGUUGAAUAUACGAUUAGGUGGUAUAUUAUUAACUUCCUAGCGUAACGGAUAAAAAAAAGUGAUCUGAAUAUUUAGGUUGACAUGUGGUAUCUCGAGCUGAGUUGAAUUGAAUACGUCCAAUCAUACGUUGCUGUUGGUUAAAAAGAGAUUCAAACGACUCAUCAUUCACAAUAUCUUGAUCUACUUUACUACGUUACAUCUCAAUCAUUAGAUGUGUAUGCGAAAGUGUAAGGUUGUGAGGUCCUGGGAGACCAUCUGCCUAGGCUGAUUGAUUAUCCACGCCGAGAAGCUGAGCUAAAGGAAAACCUGCACUACCCACAACAACGGACCCCAAGUCUAGAUAGCGCCUAUGCAAGCAUCCAGGGCCGAGAGAACAACUAGGUAAGCUUACCUACAGACAAAUAGCUACCUAGGUAAUAGGUAACGAAACUACC